AUGAAUUUUAAUUUGCCAAUAGAGAUUAAUCCUGCAAUCUCAAGCGCCAAACAACCCAGUAUCUCAAAAUAUGAUAAUAAUGAAAAACCUUCUCAGUGUGGUUCAAUUCAACCAACUUCUUCAAAAAUAAGUAACACGAUGAACAGUAUUGAUAAUAAUCUAGUUAAUACAAUCGAGAAUUCAACAUUAUCAGAAGAAAGUGAAUUUAAAGAAUACUUAAAAUUUUGGGCAGUACGUCAUGGUGUUACACAUUCUUGUUUGAAUGAACUAAUUGUACUAAUUAAACCAAAAUAUAAUUUUUUAAGUAAUGACGCCAGGACUCUUUUAGGAACUCCAAGGAAUAAGGCUGAUUGCAUCAAGUUAAAUAACGGUGAUAUGAUAUAUUUCGGCAUUAAAAGUAAUAUAAUUUCCAUAAUGACAAAUGAGUAUUUUGAUGAUCUAAAUAAUGAACUUUAUCUAUACAUCAAUGUAGAUGGGAUACCCAUUUAUAAUAGCAGUGCCGUAGAGUUUUGGCCAAUAUUACACAUUGCAAAAAUUUCAAUAAUAGUUCAGUUUCCAUUGUUGCCGUUUAUUGUGGCACUGGCAACUAGAAAGGCAGUCAAGAAGAAGCAAAAAUUCAAUAAAAAAAAAGACUUUUCUGAUUCUGAUUUUCCCUGUGAAAGUCCUGUUAAAAAAAGAAUUAAAACCGACCAGAAUAUUGUUUACUUCAGUGACAGCAGCGAUUAUGGAGAAAAAAUAGCUGAAAGGCAGAAACCUACACAAAAAGAACAGUCAGGACCAUCUAAAUCAUGUGCACCCUCAUUGAAAGCUAUAACUCCACAGAAUAAAACGCUUCCUCAAAGAGAUCAUGAUAAGUUUGAAAGUCAGAAAACACGUCUUAGGGGCUCAGAAACGCACAGUUCUUUAGUGAGGAGCUCUCCAUCUUCAUCAAUUUUCAACGCUGAUCCUACUUUAAACUAUCAAAACCAAAAUCAGUUUCAACAGAGUAUUCUUGAAGAUCUUACAACAAUUAGGGUUGUUCAAGAGCAGCAGUCAACACUCUUGGCGCAGAUUUGGCAAACUUUACAAGUUCAAAAGGUCCAAGCAUUGCAACGUCCUCCAGAUGUACCUGAUCUUCCCAUAGAUCGGAAAAGAGAUUUUGGAAAUUAA